GUUGCUAUGGGUAACCCCGCUACUCUCUAAGCCUUCCUCCCGCUUUAUUACUAUUAAUAAUAUUUUGCUUUGAUUUUUCACCCGAAGUAAAAAAGUGUGACGCCAGGGCUGGCACAUCAACCUGUCUUCCUCAAGAAACUCCCCCGUCACCGAAAAAUUACUCAACUGCUACCACUAAAUCAUCAUCGGUCACGGCAGAUGCGGACUUGAGCGGUCGUCGGGACGAAGUCGGUGGGAGACGACGAGCUUGAGGACACCAUGGAUAAAUAUGAAAAUCUGGGGCUAGUUGGAGAAGGAAGCUAUGGCCUGGUGAUGAAAUGCAAGAACAAAGCGAAUGGGAGAAUAGUCGCCAUUAAGAAAUUUUUGGAAAGUGAAGAAGACAAAAUGGUGAAGAAAAUAGCAAUGCGGGAAAUAAAGCUUUUAAAGCAACUCCGACAUGAUAACCUGGUAAAUUUGCUUGAAGUCUGUAAGAAGAAAAGGCGCUGGUAUCUUGUGUUUGAGUUUGUGGAGCGCACUGUAUUAGAUGAUUUAGAGCAAUUUCCAAAUGGGAUGGAAAACAGCAAAGUGAAAAAGUACCUGUAUCAAAUCCUGAGGGCUGUGGCCUUCUGCCAUUCGCACAAUAUUAUCCACAGGGAUAUCAAGCCUGAAAACAUCCUUGUGUCCCAGAAUGGAGUUGUCAAGCUGUGUGACUUUGGAUUUGCUCGGACGAUGGCGGCCCCCGGUGAGCUCUACACUGAUUAUGUGGCCACCCGCUGGUACAGAGCACCGGAGCUGGUGGUGGGAGACACCAAGUACGGCAAAGCUGUGGACGUGUGGGCCAUUGGCUGUCUGGUCGUUGAGAUGCUGACAGGAGAGCCGCUGUUUCCAGGGGAUUCAGAUAUUGACCAGCUAUACCACAUUAUUAAGUGUUUAGGAAACUUAACUCCACGUCACCAGGAGCUCUUUCACCGAAACCCCGUUUUUGCUGGAGUGCGACUGCCUGAAAUUCAACAAGUGGAACCUCUAGAGAAAAUGUUUCCAAAGCUACACUCCAUCACCUUGAACUUAGUAAAGAAAUGUCUGCACAUUGAUCCAGACAAGCGAUCGUCUUGCAGUGAGCUGUUGCGCCAUGACUAUUUUACCAGAGAUGGCUUUGCAGAAAGAUUCAUUGAGGAGCUCAAUUAUAAACUGAAGAAGAAUUUAAAAGAAAGCGCUCCAUUGUCAAAGAAGUCCAAAACAUCCAAAAGGGAAAAAGAAGAGCGUACUGCUGAUGAAUCAAAAACCAUAAGUAAAGAGCCUAGUAACCUUGUGAAAAUAAUUGAGAACAAGUCGGAUGCUAAAACGAUGAAAACUAGAGAACCCCUAGCAGAGACUGAAAAAGUGGAGAUGCAGACCAUUAUGGAGGGCAACGAAGGACCAGAGACGAGCACAGAGAAGGGUCUGGCCGUGAGCAGAGCGGUCCAUCUGUGUUUAAGAGAUCAGAACACCUGCAAUGAUUCUUCUGUGGGGGCUGCAAUUCCUCCAAUCUCACAGACCCCAGCAUCCAGCAGCCUAAAUGUCCCAUCUGCAGCUGUCUCAGGAUCACUCAGCUACAGGGGGAAUGAGAAGACAACCAAACACAUAACCGUUUUUAAGAAACACUGCCAGCAGCCUUUGCCCGGCCAUUACAAUAUCACUCUUAUGAUGCAGGCAGCACAUGAUAAAAGUGCUCUUCAUGACCGAUCUGUUCCACCCGAUAGAACAGGGAAUGGCAGCAAGAAGAAAUGGGAAUUUGGCAAGUCAGAUGUGCAUCUCCCUGAACUGAGCAGUAGUCAUUUGCCGGAGCUCAAAGGACCUGAAGGACGGCUUUCAAAGGCAACAAAGAAAGAGAGCAAGAAAACAGCUGACUGCCGAAUUCCGUCUCUCGCAGCGCUGGACGUCCACUCCAGUAUGGCUUUGCAACAGAUGUCUGCCACCUCCUACAUUGAAGCUACUGACGCCAGCUUGCCACGGGUGGACCAUUAGCACUGGGUGGCACAAUGUGAGGACUCUGCUGCUUGUCUGCUCCUCAGUCUAUGGAGGUCAUCAGGUUCCAUGCAGUCAGUUGUGACAGGACUUUUAGUCAUUUAAGCCAGUUAGCUGUUAUCUGUGGAACUUCUAACUUUAGAGACUUGAUGUCAUUUAUUAUUUUAUUAUUUGUGUUGUUUUUUGUUUUUUUUUUUAAAUGAGAGCCAAAGUGGCAUUUGCCUUACUAGCUGUGUCAGUAUUAAUGUGUUAGUCUUUCAUGUUGUGAUUGUAAUCCUAGCUGAUCACAGGCAGCUUACAUUAUUGCUUCACUUCAGAGUUCCAUUGAAGUGCCAUUUAAGCCAUAGAUGUCAAGUCCUUACACUAAGUUACAUUUUUAAUAAUUGUAAAAGUUGGGUUAGGCAUCAUUUAGAGUGGUAUUGAAAUCACUAAACCUGAGAAACGUCAGGCGUAUGACUGAGAUGAGAUUACAUGUGGAGAUAUGCACAAGGACUGAGCGAUGCCAGUGGUGAGCUGCUCUGCACGUUGUACAACUUAAAUCCAUUUGUUGUUACAAUAAACAUGCAGACAUUCAAUUCUUCUUCAAAAUUCAGCAUUUCUGGAAACAACAACUGAGUGCCUUUGAAUGCCACGUAUGGCACAAUGUGAAUAUAAUUGUAAAUACGAGCUUUUCUAAGCCUCAAAAGAUGAACGUCUCUGCUUGUCCAGUAGGACUCCAUGGCCAAGUGCUUGUGUGCUAAUCAAUCAAAACAAAAGAAGGAAUUUAUUUCCUGCUUAUUUUAAUGAAUCAAUUUGAUUUAUUGCCUAAAUUAAAAUAGUUGUUUUUUUUUUUGUUUUACUAUAAUGUGAAGAUUAUUGAAUCUCAUCAGGUCAGAUGAGCUGUAGGAAUCGGUCUUUUGCCAUUAGCCUCAGUGAAUGUGAGCGUCAUUACUUCUGUAGUGUUGUUCUACAACAAACUUUGAUCUCAUUUUCUAAUCAAUAA